GCAGCGACGCAGCAAAGCGAAUGGUUCCGGGCCAACAAAAUCGGCACGACCGCCCACUCCAGUCCUUCUUCAUCAUGCCCUGUGCACCACUUGGAUCAUGCAGGUGGUGCCCUGCGUUGCGACAACCCGGGCCUGGGCCACCAGCUCUCUGAGUCGAGCUCUUGACGCCCUUCGUUGUUUGUGUUUGGGUGUGCCCUCGUCGUCUGGACGACGCUCCUGAGCAGACGGCCAUGGCCUCGUCCAGCGAUCCGUCUUCCCAGGACGCACUGCCGCUUUGCCGGUGCCCAGCUGCAGUCCGUUCAGAGACGCUGCUUGGCCCUUUGGUCUCAUGCCUGUAGUACCUCUGUAGUCAUCAUCGCAUCCGCGCCUGGUUUAGGGCGAACUGUUGGGCAACAAGGCCGCAAGACCCUGAACGAUGCACACGCUAAGCUGGACUGGGCAUCUCUGUCGUCACUCGUGAUUGAGAGGGAAGACGGGGAAGGAAAAAAAAAAGCUGUUGGAACAGAGCAUUGCAGCUCCCCCCAUCCAUCACGGGUUCUACGUCGGUAACGGAGAGACAAAGGGCGCGACGGUUACUAGGCCACGUGAGAAUCGCGAGAGCAUCAGCGCAGCAGCUCCCGUCAUCUGCAAGACAGUCUGCAAAUUCUCUCCCCCAUCCCAACUUGCAAUGUCGCUAGCAAGUGCAUGUGCCGUCAAACAUGGACAUGAUUGGCGACGACGACGCUGACUGGGAAUAUGAGUACGCCGAGAACGAGACAGAGGACUACUACGUCGUGCUCGAGCUGCCCGACACGUCAGGCCUGAAGCCGAAAAGCAAGGCCGACGAGCUCUUCGCGCCACAUGAUCCAACCAAAGCGAGGGGGAAGGCGCCGCACGCAGGCAAGAAGCGAAGACGUGGCCCUGAGGAUGGCGACGUCGACGGCGCAAACGAGGGAAUCGAAGGCAACGAUGGCGAUGCUGCAUCAAGUCCCGCCGAGCACAAACCCAACGACGACACCGCCGCCUUCACUCAGCCGCGCCUGCUCCGCGACCUGGAGGCUAUGAGUCUAGCCGCUACAGGAAAGCAGUCGGACGGCUUCGUCUCUGCUGAAGACGGCUUGCAGAUCGUGGAUCUGGGCACGGACGAGCCCGUGAUCAAGUAUCAGGGCCAAAUCUACAACUGCCAGUGGGCCGCGAGCAUCGGCUCUGACCUUCUAUUUGCUCGAAGGCCGGAGCAGCCAAGCCCAGAAUACCAGCCGUUGUACUCCUUCAAGGAUGUAGACCUCCUGGGCAUUGGCGCCGCGAGGCUCAUCGCGUCGCCCGCCACGAUCGAGCGAAAGCACGACCUCACGCGGCAGUCUCCCCUCGACGCGCCGCUGCCCGAAGGCGGUCAGGCAAACUUGAACAAGGACGUGGUAAGGCAAGCGAGGUUCCUGGGUCGCAUCGCAGAGAUCAAGGCGAGCAGGGGCGAGCAGGUCGGCAACCUCAAGACGCUGGCCGAAUCCGUCUUUCGCACUCCGGAGAACUUUGGCCCGGACGGCAGGCCCCUGAGAAGAGGCAGGGGCGGAAGGGGUGCUGCUGCCCGCGCUGCUCGGAGACGAGCUGGCGCUGCGGCGCAGGUAGCGACGAACGUCGCCACCGACGCAGCCGCUAUCGUCUCGACACACGCAGGAGGAGUAUCAACGCACAGCGAGGGCGGAUCGACGCCGACGCCGGUUAGGUGGGCAGAUCUGGAAGACGACGGGAACGCCAAAGCAAGUUAAAAAAAUUUGGCACACCUUCACGCGGCCGCGUUGAGCGUGCCUCACAGAUGCUACUCGAACCAGUGUGGCUCAGUUUGCUCGUGGUCACUCAAGGCGAUACCCUUAGGCUCUCAAAGAGGACGGGUCAAAAGAAAAAAAAAAAAGGCAGACACAGU